AGAAGAAAAUGGAACUGGGUUGUGGCUUUUUUUGUUUCAUUUGAGGUUUGAGAGAGAACCACGUAGUACUAUACUAGCAUAAUAGCCUGAUCAUGUCUUGUAUUCCCAAAUGCAUGUGGAUCACUAACUGAUCUUCACAACUCAGCUACCAAAAUAGAGUUUUCUUCUGGUUUAAAACCCGUUUUUAACUUUUAAUCUGAAGUAGUGACCUUGUACUUGAAAAGAUCCUGCAGAUUGAUUGAUUUUCAAGAAUAAUGGGGAGAGGGAAGAUAGCGAUAAAGAGGAUAGAGAACCAGACGACUAGGCAGGUGACAUUCUCCAAGCGAAGGAACGGGCUGCUGAAGAAAACCCACGAGCUGUCUGUGCUUUGUGAUGCUCAGAUCGGCCUCAUCGUCUUCUCCGGCACCGGCAAGCUCUGCCAGUACGCCUCCGACCCCUUCAGGAUGGAGCAGAUCAUAGAGAGGUAUCUGAAGGCUACGGGGACUCGCAUCCCUGAGCACGACAACCGGGAGCAAGUGCUGGGCGAGCUGGCGGUGCUGAGGAAAGAGACGAAGCAGCUCCAGCUGAGCAUGAGGCGCUACACCGGCGAGGAAAUGGCCGCCAUCCCUUUCCAAGACCUGGAACAGCUCGAGCAGCAGCUCGAACGCUCCGUUGCCAAGAUCCGCGACCGCAAGAAUGAGCUGUUGCAGCAGCAGCUGGAGAACCUGCGCAGGAAGGAGAGGAUGUUAGAGGAGCAGAACAGCAAUAUGUAUCGUUGGAUCCAGGAGAAUCGGGCAGCGUUGGAGUAUCAGCAGCAGCACCAGGCGCAGGUGGCUGCAGCAGAAGCAGAAGCCAAGCCAAUGGAGCACCAUCAGCAGCAGCAAAUUAUGCAGCAGCUCCAAGAACAGUUCCCAUUCUGCGGCGGCGAGCCCAGCAGUGUCCUCCAACUCUCCACCAUUCCUCCCCACUUCAGCCCUUACCAUCUCCAGCUCGGCCAGCCCAACCCGCUCCAUCCUCCUCCCAACUCCGCCGCCGAGCUCUAGAGAGACUUCAUCCUGAGUCCUGACCCAUCUCAUAGUAUACAUAUCUAUAUGAAUCUGUCUAUCUAUCAGCUGCUACUAUUUAUAUCAAUCUGUCUAGCAAUCUGCUACUACUAUUUACCAUCGAUCGAUAAACUAUGACUGAUAUUAUAUAUGGUUCCACACGAAAUUCAAUUGUGUUUGAUCUUCUUCAUUUUAUGUCUACUAAUAUGUCUAUCUAUACCAUAUCUACACAAACAUGGAUACGAGGUUACAAGACCGACCAUGAAUCUCAACAAAAUCAAACUAAACCACAAUACUAUACCCACGAGUUUUCUUCACCCCUUUCCUCUCCAUCUCUCCUCUCGUGUCCCUACAUUCAUCCAACCUUCUCACCUCAGCAUAAACAUUUGCCAAUCCGACAUACCUCCCGUCGUUAUCAGGCUGCAUCUCUAUCAGCUUCCUCCCAACUAUCUCCGCAAGAUCGAGCCUUUUGUGGUUCAAGCACCCGUUGAAGAGAGCGCCCAACAUAGAAGGAGUUGGCUCGACAGGCAUUCUGCUCACAAACUCGUACGCCUCUGCAACCUGACCAGCUCGAGCCAGCAUAUCCACCAAGCAGGCAUAGUGCUCGCUCUUGGCCGCCAUGCCAUGCUUCUCAAGGCAAUCAAAGAAGAACCAUGCCUCGUUCACUAACCCUCCAUGCGCACAAGCGCUCAACAAGCAUAGAUACGUGAUCUCGUCUGGUUUAAUCCCGGCUGUUUGCAUCUCAGCGAACAAAUGCAGAGCUUCUUCGAGCAAACCAUGCGCGGAGAGCCCACCAAUCAUGGCGUUCCAGAUCAAGACGUCGGUUUUCAGGACAGGGAACUCGCGAAAGACCUUCAAAGCUUCGUCCACUGCUCCGCAUUUGGCGUACAUGUCGACGAGAGAAGUUUGCAGGACCAGAGUCUUGGGCAAGGAGUUGCGGGUAAUGUAGUCAUGCAUCGCCCUGCCUUUCUCGAGCUCGCCCGAGUGGGCACAUGCGCUAAGAACGCUCACCAUGGUUACCUCAUUGGCCUCGGUAUUGGCAGCCCCUUGCAUCUUGUUAAACAUUACCAAUGCUUCCUUGUAUCCCCCUGCUUUAACAUAGCCAUCGAUCAAGCAGCUCCACGAGACGACAUCUCUAUCAGGCAUCAAAUCAAACACCUUGCGUGCCAAUUCCAUGUUACCACACUUCGCAUACCCAUCCACCAUCGAGUUCCACGAGACCAGGUUCUUCACGGGAAUUUCGUCGAACACCAUGCGUGCAUGAGCUAUAUCCCUACAGGAUGCGUACAUAUGGAGCAUGGAGUUCGCGAUAUAUCUGUCCGAAUUGAACCCUUCCUUCGUAGUGUGGGCAUGGACCGAGAGGCCGGGUUUGAGGUCGAAGAGGCGGGACGAAGCCUUGAAAAGAAAAGGGUACGUGAGAUGGUCAGGGGAAACUCCAGUUCGCAGCAUUUGGGUAAAAGCAGAGAGAGCUCUGUUCGGGGUAUUGGUGGCGGAGUACCUUCGUAUGACUUCAUUCCAAGCGAAGGUCGGAGCGGGAUUCGGGAGGUUUGAGAGAACCCGGUAGCAGUAGUCCAGGCAAUUCGAAUUGGAGGGUUCAGAGAAAGACUCGAUUCUGGAGACGAAUGUAUCGACCGGAGAGAGGCGUAGAGUGAUGACCAAAGCGUGAAUCUGCUUGAGCUGUGGCAAUGAGCUGCAUCUGGCGAGUAUGGAGAUGAGGGUAUCGUCCUGGACGCCAUUUUUGCAGAGCAGGGAAGACAUGCAACAUGGGUCUGUGCUGCUAACAAAGACAGAGCGCCAACGCUCGCAGGAACAUGGACGAC